ACAGUGUACACUGUGUGGUGAACCUGAAGACCAGCAGUAUUCAUGGUCGCCUUCUCAGCACUUCAAUGAAGAAAGAUAUUCACCUGCACCAAGGAACAUGAAAGGUUUAUCUGGGAGCAGAACGCAGCCUCAACUUAGUUCAGGACACACUUGUGGCUUAGCAGAGUGUGAACAUUCACAUGAACACCUCCAUCAUGGCCAAGAUUCCAGGCAAUCAUAUUUACUUAGUCCCACUGACAGCUGUCAAAUGGACCACCAUCGUUGCUCCCCUCGCAGCUCUAUCCACUCUGAAUGCAUGAUGAUGCCCAUGGUGAUGGGAGAUCAUGUCUCUAGCAGCACUUUUCCAAGAAUGCACUAUAGUUCUCAUUAUGACACAAGAGAUGACUGUGCUAUGUCUCACGCUAGCAGUAAGAUCAAUAGAAUUCCAGCUAAUCUUUUAGACCAGUUUGAAAAACAGCUUCCCCUGCAUCGAGAUGGAUUUCAUACACUGCAGUAUCAGCGAACAUCCACCACAGAACAACGCAGCGAAAGUCCCGGAAGAAUACGACAUCUUGUGCACUCAGUACAAAAACUUUUCACUAAAUCUCAUUCUCUGGAAGGGUCUUCAAAAAGUAAUAUGAAUGGAACGAAGGGAGAUAGUAGAAGUGAUAGCCACCAUCAUAGCCAUCAUUCUAAACAUGGGAAAAGGAGUAAAAGUAAAGAGAGAAAGCCUGAUUCAAAACACAGAUCAGGAAUGACAGGCUGGUGGAGCUCAGAUGACAACUUGGACAGUGAUAGCACUUAUAGGACACCGAGUGUCAUGAGCAGGCAUCAUGUAGACCAUAUAACUCACUGUUAUCCAGAAUCCAUGCAGGGACAUUUUGGUGACCUUACUCUAAAGACUUCAAAAAGUAACAAUGAUGUGAAGUGCUCUGCCUGUGAAGGGCUGUCAAUGACUCCAGAAGGGAAGUUUAUGAAAAGAAGCUCCUGGUCGACACUAACUGUAAGUCAAGCUAAGGAAGCCUAUCGGAAAUCAUCGCUGAAUUUGGAAAAGCCUUUGGUGCAUCAGGAUAUUAAACCGCCUCUUAGGCCGUGUCAUUAUCUUCAGGUACCUCAAGAUGAAUGGGGAGGUUAUCCAGGGAUUAAUAAAGAUGAUGAAAUCCCCUGUCGGAGGAUGCGGAGUGGUAGCUAUAUCAAAGCCAUGGGAGACGAUGACAGUGGGGACUCUGACACCAGCCCUAAAACAUCACCAAAGGCUGCCAUUCGACCUGAUGCUCUGGUGAAAGCUCCUGGAAAAAGACCACUAAUCGAUCAACCAAGCCAGAGUUACCAACUACAACCUGCAAGAGAGAUGCCUACUAAUGUCAGCUUGGAUCCUGCAGGCAACUAUAACUCCCCUAAGUUUCGUUCCAGGAAUCAAAGCUACAUGAGAGCAGUAAGCACGCUAAGUCAGGCAAGCUGCGUUAGUCAGGUGAGUGAGACUGAGAUCAAUGGCCAGUUUGAAUCAGUUUGCGAGUCCGUUUUUAGUGAAGUAGAAUCUCAGGCUAUGGAUGCCUUGGACCUGCCUGGCUGUUUCCGCACUCGAAGCCACAGUUAUCUACGUGCAAUUCAGGCUGGUUACUCCCAGGAUGAUGACUGCAUACCUUCAAUGACAUCUUCCACAGUCACCUCAACUCUCAGAUCCACAACAGGGAUCCAGUUUCGCCUUCCAUCUGCUGUCAAUCUGGAUCGAACACCACUGUCUACAGCGGUGGCAUAUACUGCAGGUUAUAAAAAGACUCCACCCCCUGUUCCCCCACGGACCACUUCCAAGCCGUUAAUUUCUGUAACAGCCCAAAGCAGUACUGAGUCCACCCAAGAUGCCUACCAUGAUGGCCGACAUUUAAGGGGAGGACUAUGGCCUCAGGAUGGCAGAGGGAUGUACAACUCCACCGACAGUCUAGACAGCACCAAAGCAGUAACUCUUGCCAUGGAGACAGCAGCUGGCAAGCGACAUGCUUCCACAGACAGCCACAGCUCUGUUCUCACAAGUGAUAAGGCCAUUUUGGUGAAAAAGGCAGAAGAAUAUCUCAAGAUUCGGCGAUCUUCCAUAGGCAUUCAGGUGGAAACAGCAACUGACUCAGAAUCUGAAAGCAGAGGCCUUCGAGAAUACCACUCCGUAGGAGUGCAAGUGGAAGAUGAUAAAAGACAUGGGAGAUUUAAACGGUCAAACAGUGUAACAGCGGCAGUUCAGGCUGAUAUGGAACUAGAAGGAUUCCCCAGCCAUGUGACCAUGGAAGAUAAAGGGCUUCAGUUUGGGGGUUCGUUUCAACGUCAUUCUGAGCCUAGCACCCCAACUCAAUAUGGUGCAGUACGAACUGUAAGAACCCAGGGUCUCUUCAGUUAUAGGGAAGACUACAGAACUCCAAUUGAACCCCCUACCCCUCAGCCUGACCCCUGGCUUGUGGAAUCAACACAUGAGAUAGUGGAGACCGGUCGAAUGUCACCAUGUCGACGAGAUGGAAGUUGGUUUAUGCAGCUACUGCAUGCUGAGACCAAACGAAUGGAAGGCUGGUGUAAAGAGAUGGAAAGAGAAGCUGAGGAAAAUGAUCUCUCAGAAGAAAUUCUUGGUAAAAUCCGAAGUGCAGUUGGAAGUGCUCAGUUGCUAAUGUCUCAGAAGUUCCAGCAGUUUUAUUGGUUGUGCCAGCAGAACCUGGAUCCCAGUGCAAUGCCAAGGCCAACAUCUCAAGACUUAGCAGGUUUCUGGGAUCUCUUACAACUUUCCAUUGAAGAUGUCAGCAUGAAGUUUGAUGAGCUUCAACAGUUAAAAAGCAAUGACUGGAGAAUCAUUGUAAGUCCUGAAAAGAAGGAGGAAAAAAAGUUUCCCCCUCCAGUACCAAAGAAGCCCCCAAAAGGAAAAUUAGCUGUCAUGAGAGAAAAGUCCCUGGAUUUGCCAGACAGACAGCGUCAAGAAGCCAGGAGGCGGUUAAUGGCAGCCAAAAGAGCAGCCUCUUUUCGACAGAACUCUGCUACAGAGCGAGCUGACAGCAUUGAAAUCUAUAUCCCAGAAGCCCAAACAAGACUUUAAAAUGUAGUUUUCACCAUGUUUGUUCUACUAUCCAUAUUCCUUAUACUACAAAUUGAACAGGUUUUCUUCUUUGUAUCACCUCAUAUUACAGCUUACAUUCAUGUUCAUUGUGCUGUCAACACAAGAAUAUUCCUGCAAGUUGCUUUUGAACUUUUCAUGUUAGGUAAUGUUAAGACAUUUGCUGGAUAUAUCCUCUGAAGCAUCUUUGGAAUUACAGGGAAGGGUUCAUUUUCAAGUAAUGAUGACAGUAGCAUUUCUAUUCAAAAUGAUUUUCGGGCCAAAUUGUCAACUAAAGAAAUCCAGUAAGCUGGUAAAUAGGGGUGUUUCCAUUUUUUUCAACAUUUUAAAGAUCAGUCACCAAGGGCAAGUCUUUUUUUUUUUUUUCUUUUUUUUUUUCCUUUUUGGUAUCUACUAACACCAGCAAAAGCAGCUUGGGCUAAUGCGUGAAAAGAAAAUGCAAACUAGUAUAGAUUUUAUGUGGUAGCUCAGAACUGAUGGCUCUUAAAAAAAACUGCAAUUGCACACUUUUCUUCAAAUUCCUAAAAUGUUGCAAACAUCAAAGAUACCUCAGUCGCUCACAAUUCUGUUCUUUAUGCUGAGCGUGCAGUCAUCAAUUCUGAAACAACUGAGGCUACCUCUGUAUAUGCUGUGCUUAGCAAAUGUUGAAAAAAAUGGAAAUGUACUCUUCUGAGGUACGCUGAUUUCUUCUCUUGAAUUUGAUAGAUGUUAAACUCUGUGGUAAUGAUGUGCCAACAAACAGAUAUCAUUUUUAACGUUUAAGAAAAUGUGUCAGUAUUUGCAGAGGAAUGUUCUAUUGCACUGUGCCAUCAUUUAUCUAACAGUGUUACUCCAGCAUUUAGAACAAAGCAAUUGAUUUUAGUCAAGUAAUUUGUUAGGAAAAAUAAACAAACAAGGUGAAGGUUACUUCUAUGUAAUUGUUAGAUGUCUGAAAAUCAGAUUCAUAUAUGCAGUUGCCUCUCUAUUUUUUUUUAAAUGGGCAUGCCAUUAUCCUUAUUUUCAAGGGUUAUGCAAGCUGCAAGAAUAUUUAAAUGCCAUGACAUUUGCGUUUCCUAGAUAGAUAUGAAUCUUUUGAUACAAAGCCUGACCCUGCUUGUUUCUGUAAAAUGUCAUUGAGAUUGACCGAGCAAUGAAACAUGAGAGUAUAAGGACAAGUACUGAGACAUAACAACAGCAAACAUUGUAAGCUUAACAAUUAAGGAAGCACUUAACUGAGAUGAUUUACUUACUGAGAAUGCAUUUUGCUCCUACCCAUUUAAAAAAAAUAAAUGUAUUAAACUGGAAAGAUAAAGGGAAUAGCGGGCUAUGCUGGCUGCAACUGACUUUGCCAGACAGUUUUGAUGUGUAAGUAUAGGAUGUUUGCAAGCUCUGACAAAGUGUGUGUAGCAAAUGCUUACCAAUCAAUUGAUUCAGUGUGUUCCUAGUGUAAGGACUAUGGACAACUAAAUGAGGCCGUUUGAGUAAUUUAUGUAGGCCAUCUUUAGGACGUGAAACUCUGGGAGAUAUUAACACUUCCCCAAAACCAAAUCUUAGAUUUUACAGUAUAAUAAAGAAUCAAGUAUAUAUAAAUAUAUAGUAAGUAUAUAUUCAUUUGUUUGUGUGCGAGUGAGUGCAUGUGUGUUGCUAAAAAUUGACUGCUCAGUAUUGUCCCAUUUACAAAGUGAGAAUAUUUCUAUUAAUUUUUGAUUGUAUUUUAGUUCUCCAUUUUAUUAAAGCAAAGAAAAGGGGCAUGUACAACAUGUACAAUAUGCUAAAAGUAAGAAUGGUUUUUAAACAUUUCCUUUAUUUUGAAAUGUAGGUGUAUUAUAUACAUUAUAUACUUUUUCCAGUUAUUACAUAUAUGUUGGAGAGGAGUGUUAUGCAAAGUUUUUACCCCCACUGCAUCCAAAUUCAAGUAUCAUUAUUUAAAGUUAGCAUUACAUUACCUCAAAAUAUAAGGUAAGGUUUUCAAAGUUAACAAUUGAAAAUACUUGUUCACAAUGUCUUCAGUAUGGGUUAAAUUUUCCUUUCUACUCCUCAAAAGCCGAAAAUAGAUUGUUUAAUUCAUUUGUAUAGUUUUUCAAUUAAAGUUAAUUUCUCUCGAAUAUUCAUGUAGCAAGCUCAAUUAGAAGAUGCCUGCUGUUACCCUCGUACCAUUGUAGUCAGAAGCUGAAGUGGUCACUUGAGUUGUAGGGCUAAGUCACGGAUUACUCUUCUGAUUACAAAAGUCCCUCUUUUUAAUUUUUUUUAAACACUUUCCCAUCACAGAACCUUGCCCUCUAUGAGGAGCUUCACAUGUUUCCAGUUGAGCCAAAGGAAAGCACCACUAGCACAAGCAACUCAUUGGACUUCUGACUACAAGAGUGUCUUUUCACCCCAGUAGGCACAGUCCACUUGAGCUCUGCUAUUCUUUCAUCUCCAAAUUUGUUUUGUGACUUAGUGGCAGCCUAUGAUUAGAAUCCACACAAAUUCUUAACAACAUUCUAAUUGUGUCAUGAAAUGUAGUAAUUUCCUUUACCAAUGUCUCCUACAACCAUUUUACUUCUGUGAUUUCUCAAAAUAAUCUGGCAAAUAAUGAAAUUGCUUGGUUACAAUGUGAGAAUCAAUUUCCUGCAGACUGUUACAUUUGAGGAAUGGGUAUUGUAUGUUGGAGGCAUUAAACAAUAAAUAUAUGAGUGUUGCUAGUGCUGCCUUUCUUAUCAACAGCAAUUUGAUGAAACGAGAAGCUAUUCAGGUAAGAGUCUAUGUAGGCAUGUUGAAUUCAGCUGGGUGUAGUGAAAGAAGAUUCAUUAUUUAGUAUGCUAAUAGUAAGCUGUCUUACAAGGACUCGUCUGUUUAAUUGCACCACAAAGGAAAACAGCCCUACACUGCUUUUCCAGAUUACAAAUGGGUGCUAACUUACUGCAACUAAAAGUGAAUUGUUUCUCAGUUAAUAACAAAUGCCCUAUUGGAAACACAUUUAGUCAUAAUGAGAGACAAAAUGGUUAGCACCUUAAAAAUUAUAUAUUUCUAUUUGCCUAAAAUAUACAUAAAGCAGAAUUUUACUUUUACUAGAGACAGUUUGAAGUUCUAAAAUAAUAUAAAAUAAUACACUUGUGCCAAAUGCACAUUAAUAAGUCAACUUCUCAUAUAUCAUAAAAUAACUUGUAAACAUAAUUCCACUAUAAUACAGAUUUCAGCAAAAUUGUAUAAAAGAAACAUAUAAUUAAACGGGGCACCAGCAUAAAAUAGUUGUGUUUUACUUUCUGUUUUUACUUAGGAAAAUAUAUAUUUUUCUGUUAUUUUGAAUGUAAAAGACAGAAAACAAAAAAUGUAAUUAUACAUUGAUUGAUGAGUUUCUAUGGUUAGACAAAUUUACAUAUACCCUUUUAUUUAUUUAAUUCAUAAGUUAUACCAAGCAGCCUUAAAACAGUACAAUAUGUGUAUGAAUGUACAGCCCUGAAAUGUGCAAGUAAAUCUAGCUAAAAUGAAAAAGCUACCAACACUAAUGGGAUUCAUGUGCACAUUUUUUCCAGUUGCUAAUGUUAUCUGCUUAUUUUGACUUAUUUAAAAAUAAUCAUUAUUCACAUGUUCCUGUUACAUGUGAGCAGAGCUUAGGAAUGUUUUGAGAAGUGAAAAAGUUGUUAAGUGUAUUCAGUGUAAUUUAUCUAAAGGCAGUGGAUCAGCACUCAUGUUUUAAUGACUGUUUAGCACUAACCGACACAAUACCCAUGAGCUUAUGUUAAGCAAAUAUUUGAUAGAAUGGAGUCAGAAAUUGGCUUCCCACUGGUACAUGUAAGUGCAAAUCAUAGUGGUGUUUUCCAAAAAACUAUAUUGUAUAUGUAAAGUUUCAAAAUGCAUUUCUAUUCCUUUUUAAAGAAGUAUCACUUUCAUAGUAAGGAAUCAGUGUAACUCAAAUUUCAUAUUUGCAGCCAUAAAAUUAUAUUAAUGAUAUUCAGAAACACAAACACAUACUCUGUAUGUUUGUGUGUAUGUGUGUGUCUGU